AUGGUAUUUGACAGCCCUGGACAAGAGCUAGCAGUCGUAGCCCUUUGGAUUAAGGUACACCCUGUAUACUUCUCUGGUUACUUUUCCUUAUUCCCUAGCAAUAACAAAUAUGUGAACAAAUCGCGACGCAGUUUUGCGUUUCUUUAGUUGAAUAAGUUAGCGUCAAAAUAAAAAUUAUUUCAAGGAGCCAAUUUUUUUGACAACAAAAUGCGAUUUAUAUGACCCUCCGAAAAAAAAAAUCAUAAUACUUCAUGGUUAAAAAUUAAAAUUGCUGUUUGUCAAUUUAUACAAGAAUACCUUUAUUGUGUCCUUAUAAAUUAACAAAAAAAAUGUAGUGGGUAAAGAGACUUUCUAGCUCCAGGUCUUUUCACCGAAUAUGCCUGCCGCUAAAAAUUGAUCUACGGAAGAAUGGAUAUUUAAUUGUUCAAAAAGACAAUUAAAUAAAUUGGCAAUAACGAAUUUUAUUAUAUGGCUGAGUCUGUUUUGCCAUGCGAUUGGUCAAUUUGCGGUCCGUAACUUGCUAUACGGACCAUAAUUUCUAAAGAAAAUACUCAUUUCGGAGCUCUAAAUCUAUUUACCUCGGAAAAAAGGUUUAAAUAAAGUUAUAGACGCCUGUCAACCUUGAGGACUUGGAUGUUGACUUCGGCCUUCAACAUUUUACACUGUGUUUAUUUGUAAACAAAGGCGAUGAAGAAACUAACUCGUAAUCUUACCCAAGAGGAUUCUAUUUAGUGUUUGAAAAUGUUAUCGCAGUAUUCAGUUAAGAAGACGAAAAUCAACUGGUAGAGAUUCGAGAUGUUUUACCUAAGGGAAAGAGAGUAAUUCGUUCGGCAAAUAUGAUAACAAACUUACCUGCACCCGAUCAUCUUGACAAGCUUCUUUACCACUUGCAGUGUUUUUUCAAAGUCCAACGAAAGUUAGAGGCAAGUUCGAGCCAGACACAAUGUCCAGUUUUCAAAAGACUCCAGCGUCACAUUGACGAAUGAAUACUAACAGUGCUCUUAGUUUUGACCGAAUCAACUUUAAAAUAUGUCUGUAAACCCUGAGGACCAGGAUGUUGACUUGCCUUUCCAACUUUUUACCUAGCUUUGUUUUAAUGAGAACGAAGCUGAUGUAGAAACUAAAUCGUAACCUCACCGAGGAAGAGAAUGCUACUCAGUGUUUGAAAAUUUUAACGCAGAUCACAAGUGAAGACGAGAAUGAACUGGCAGAAAGAGAGGUUUUCCCAAAAACAAUAAACGAGCGAAUCCUUCGACAAUGACAACAAAAUUACCUUGAAAAGCUUUUUUGCCUUUUGCAGUGUUUUGUUUACAAGGACAAACGGAGGAAAGACGGAAACGACUUCUAGACAGACAGUGUCCGGUUUCCAAAAUACUCCAGGGUUACAUUAAAGGGCUAAAACUUACAGUGCUCUUAGUUUUGACAGAAGAAACUUUUUCAACAUGGCGAAUUUGUUUUUAGUUCCUCGGAAAGCCUUUGUUAUGUGCUAUUGUUUUCGUGCGCCAAUAAAAACUUUCUUUUUUGACGCCUGUCAAAUGACUGUCAAAUCGUGCGUCCUGCACUUUUGUUUCCGGUCCCCCAAACCCGAAGAAGCCGUAUAAUAAACAUCUUAUUAGCCUCGUUUUUUCGGUCCGUACUGUAAAUUACGGAUCCUCGUUUUUCCAUCGACGGCGGCCCGCGCGCUCCGUGCUUGGGCCAUAAAUCGAUGAAAAAACCCGUUCGUAAUUUACAGUACGGACCGAAAACUCGGCUAAUAAGAGCUAUAUAUUUCAGCUUCCUUGGCUGCAUCUACGAAAAAUGUAGAAGUAGAAGGGCGAUAAAUAAAAGGUUGCAAAUCACAUAAAGUUCGGUCCAUUGAAUUAUUUACAGGCGCCCUCCAAAGGAAACAAAAUGUUUGGAAAGUUAGCAACUCUGACACAAUACAUCCUCGAAGUUAGUAGGUAUAUCAGAAUACUUAAAAAAGGUUAAAAACGAAGAACAUGUGAACAAAUCCUUACUUUCCCUUCUCGCUUUUAUUCUCUGUUUACUGGCAAUCGGCGACGCCCGCCUUCUUCUUCCUACACUUGCACAGUUUAUCAGCAGUCAUUUUAUCCUUUAAGUUCCAAUAUCCACGGACAAAUUAUCCAGACCGAUCUUCAUGCAUUUCCUUAAAGAAUAGGUCGAGAGAUUUGAAAAAAAGAUCAACGCACUUUCUGUUUGGCAAUCAUUUUAUUAAUUCACUACCCCAAAAAUUUAUUUUACACCAAAUUUACUCAGUGCAAAUAUGGUGCAUGAACAAAGUGCAAUUUACGGUUAAAUCAAGAGCAGAGAUGUUAAAUACCUCAUUUGCCCUCAAAUUUACAACCCAUGUCAAUUGGGAUGCAAAUGAGGUAUUUUUAUUACCAUCUUUGCCUUUGAUUCCCUCCUAGUUGGACUUUUUUGCGCUAUAUUUGCCGAGGGCAAAUCUGUGUAAAUCUAAUUUUUCCUUCAGUGAUUAUGACAUUUCCUCUUGUUUGUGCAUUAAUAUUACUUAAGUAAAAUUGAAGAUGAUGUUGGUUAGGCCCUGGGAUAUAAAGGGUUUAUCUGCUGAUGUCACUGCUCAGUAAGGGAGGAUGUCGUUGCUCUCGUUGCUCACAUGAUAUAAUUUAAUUUUAGUUUGGUAUAAUUUUAGUUAGAUCUUGUUAUUUUACCAUGUUAAAAAAUUACUAAAAUAUGCCAAUAAUUAAACUAUAGUAAUAAAGUGAACUAACAAAUGAAAAUUAUUGAGCUGCUUUUGGGAAACUUUAAGGUGACUCGACCCAGUUUUUAUGGGGGGGUACCAUCCUACUUUGAAGCUCUCUGGUAUCCCCACCUUUACUUUUAUCGUAAGUCUAACACAUAGAAUGGAUAACAUAUAGAUCAAUCUACAAUAUGACAUAAAAUUUUUGGCGAUCGGAGUAAAUGUCACGUGGUUAUAAUGCCACGCCCCUUUGAGGUCUGAGUCGAAAAUCGGCUGUUGCCGGCACGUUUUUGUGAGAAUCUCUCGGCUACACGUAGUGCGCAUUAGUGCCUUGCGCUGAACAGAGUUUCACCAAAAUCGCAAAGACCCAAUUCGAGAAAUUCAGUGGUUUCCAAAUUUAGGUCAUAAUUUAUGCGAAAAUGAUAAGCAAACUUUACACGGAUUAUAUCUAAUAAACCAAGAGAUUCAUCCCUUUAUUUUGGGCAUCGUUAUAACAGAUGGGUCCUUGCAAGUCAGCAAAACGCUUUAGGGCCUUGUAAAUGCGCGCGAUUUCGAGCAAAGCAAACAUAUAGAAAUUAUAGUUUUCGCUAUUUGUUGACGUUUGUCAGCGUUUAAGAGUCCUUCUCACGAAAAAAGCAUUUUCUUAAAAAUUCGUAGUUUUUUUUCCUUCAAAUUUUUUCAGGGCCACAAUUGAUUAACUAACUACCCGGACUCUGAAUUUCAUGGUCAUUGAAAAACUGUAACAUUAUCUUCUAUAAGCUCAAACUUGAGUAAACAUUGAAGAUUUUUAGCGUUUUGGCUGAGUUUGUGCUUUGGGAGUUGUCUAUUGUUUCUAGUCUGUCAUUAUACAGCAUUCUUGUUCAGCACGCGUGCAAUGACCACGCUUGACUGACUUCCGAAUGCUCAACGAGAUAUUCCCGUCACGAAGUUGGUUUAAUUAUUGGCUUGCAUUAAACCUAUGAAAAAAUGAUAUUUUUGUAAUUGUAAGUAGACUUAGUGUGUAGCACUUCUUGAUUUUUUUGCAAAGACACAAGAAGCACGAGAAUUGCUUAAAAAUUGUUAGUUAAACCUCUAUGUAUCACGCGAUGGCCUGUCUCACUGUACCAAAAUUAUAAUAUCUCGGUGAGCAUUCGGAAGUCAGCCAAGCGCGGUCAUUGCACGCGUGCUGAACAAGAAUGCUGUAUCAUGACAGACUAGAAACAAUAGACAACUCCCAAAGCACAAACUCAGCCAAAACGCUAAAAAUCUUCAAUGUUUACUCAAUUUUGGGCUUAUAGAAGAUAAUGUCACAGUUUUUCAAUGACCAUGAAAUUCAGAGUCCGGGUAGUUAGUUAAUCAAUUGUGGCCCUGAAAAAAUUUGAAGGAAAAAAAACGACGAAUUUUUCAGAAAAUGCUUUUUUCGUGAGAAGGACUCUUAAACGCUGACAAACGUCAACAAAUAGCGAAAACUAUAAUUUCUAUAUGUUUGCUUUGCUCGAAAUCGCGCGCAUUUACAAGGCCCUAAAGCGUUUUGCUGACUUGCAAGGACCCAUCUGUUAUAACGAUGCCCAAAAUAAAGGGAUGAAUCUCAUAGUUUAUUAUAUAUAAUCCGUGUAAAGUUUGCUUAUCAUUUUCGCAUAAAUUAUGACCUAAAUUUGGAAACCACUGAAUUUCUCGAAUUGGGUCUUUGCGAUUUUGGUGAAACUCUGUUCAGCGCAAGGCACUAAUGCGCACUACGUGUAGCCGAAAGAUUUUCACAAAAAAAUGCCGGUAACAGCCGAUUUUCGACUCAGACCUCAAAGGGGCGUGGCAUUAUAACAACGUGACAUUUACUCCGAUCGCCAAAAAUUUUAUGUUAUAUUGUAGAUUGAUCUAUAUAUUAUCCAUUCUAUGUGUUAGACUUACGAUAAAAGUAAAGGUGGGGAUACCAGAGAGCUUCAAAGUAGGAUGGUACCCCCCAAAAAAACUGGGUCGAGUCACCUUAAAGAGCUCAAAUUUGCCAAAAACAUUUUUGAACAAGACUUGAGAACACGUCAGAUCUCUGCCUUGUUUGUAGAAAACGCGGCUGCGAGCGAUCAAGGUCUAUGGGAACGCACGUUAAGUGCUGGCGUAAAAGACUCUGGGAAAGGUCGGAGUUUUCUACUUCGCUUUCCCCAUGAUCCCUUGCGCGGAACUAAAAUCACUCCAAUCGAUCUCGAUUACGUAUCCCGGCGGUAGAGCGUGCCUGACGAGGUUCGAGGCAGCUGAAACCUUUAACUCGCAGAACGAUGUGUGGCUCAGCUGCUUGAAAGUUAAACGUUUAAGGAAACCAUUUAAUGUCACCCUAUUUUACAGGUAAAACUCAAACUGUUGACAAGACCGAUGGAAUUUAUCUCAUGGAUCUGAUUCCCCAACAUUGUUCAAACGGUAAUGGCAAUGGUAAUGGCAACGGUAAUGGCAACGGUUAUGGCAAUGGUAAUGGCAAUGGUUAUGGCAAUGGUUAUGGCAAAGGUAAUGGCAAUGGUUAUGGCAAUGGUAAUAGCAAUGGUCAUGGCAAUAGUAAUGGCAAUGGUGGUAAUGGCAACGGUAAUAGCAACGGUUAUGGCAAUGGUAAUGGCAAUGGUUAUGGCAAUGGUUAUGGCAACGGUAAUGGCAAUGGUUAUGGCAAUGGUAAUGGCAAUGGUCAUGGCAAUGGUAAUGGCAAUGGUGGUAAUGGCAAUGGUAAUGGCAAUGGUUAUGGCAAUGGUAAUGGCAAUGGUAAUGGCAAUGGUAAUGGCGAUGGUAAUGGCAACGGUAAUGGCAAUGGUAAUGGUAAUGGCAAUGGCGGCAAUGGCCACGGCGAUAAUAAGGAUCCCAAAAGUUUGACUUUAGAAUGUUACUACAGUUACGAGGGCUCCCUCACUACGCCUCCUUGCUUUGAAACAGUACACUGGAUAGUUGUUAAAGACUAUCUCCGUACCUCUACCAGCCAGGUAUGUAAUGCUCACUAACUUGAAUAACUUAGUUUUACAACUGAGAGGAUAUGGCACUCUACAAGUAUACUAGAGUGAUUAUACUUGAACCGUGUAAAAGGUAGAAGAAUGCUACGCACUAUUUUGCACUAAUUCUGUUGUCUUCUUUUGUUUACCUCUUGCUUUCUUGCAUUAUUCGUUAGUAUCCGUUUCACGGUUCAAGUAAAAUCACUUUAAGAUACGGAAUCUGAUUAAGACCGGUCAGGGUCACAAUAUAUAGCGAUGACCGCGGAGAUAAUUCUAGGCAUGUAUUGCGUUAACUACUAUGCAGACCAUUGCAGGAUACAUUGAAAUUAUUGUCAAUGCACUACCAAAAACUGUGUUUAAAACAGUCUAUGAUGCAUCGUACGUCAAAUUUUCUUAUCACACCGGCGUCUUUACUUUUAAGUUGCAUAGUCAUAGACAUCGAUAAUGUUAGUUCAAAUUGUGCUAGAAACAAUUAGCUUAAACCAGAUGAUCCUUACUUGAUAUAUUUUACUUUUUUUUCGGUGUUUCAGCUUAACAAGUUCAGGAAACGUAAGGGUGAACAUGGUAGAAAUCAUCCUCUCAUGUGCGACAACUACAGACCAAUCCAACCACUGAAUGACCGCACUGUUCACAAAUAAAGAGUAGUAUCAACUCCAUGUGUAAUGAAACAGAUGAAGAAAACGCUAGCAGUAAUCAUAAUGGUAAACAUAACCAUGCACUGUAACAUUUGUCUAGUCAAACCCCGUUA